CCUGGAGCUGCGGGCGAGGCGCGGCCUGCCCUCGAGGAGUGGGCCGGUGCGGUGCAAUCCCCUGCCCUCCCCCGUCGGUGUGCGGUGGGAAGGGGCCCUUCUUGUCAAGGAGUGAUAAAGAGCAUCUUCCCGCAGCAGACACUUAGAACUGACUGAGGACGCUAAUCCACUCGAGGAGAGGAUAAAGCCCGGCCGUGCUAAGCGCUUAAGUGCCAGGCAUCUCCUGAGAGGCUUCUCACGUAGUAAUUUCAUCUUUUAAAAUUAUGUCCGCAGGCUUCCACAUCUGCAACGUCAUUUCUUAAGGGCAGGGAUAACUAGUUGAGCUUCACAUAGUGUGUUCAGUUCACCUACUGAUAGGAGGCAGCUUCUAUCUGGUUUUGAAAAGCUGUAUUCCUGCUUUUAACAGGCCUAGCUGAAAAGGCCCAGUGGAGGAAGUAGAGACAGAGGUAGGUUGUGACCCAGAACUGUUUGGUGACCCAUUAAAGUUGUGACCCAAAUCAGACUCUGGGUCAAAGACACAGCAAGCAAGAAUACAAAAUAUUCUCCCACACAGGUAUACAUAGUUUUCUCUUAAUGUAAGCUGAAGUCAGUAUUCAUUCCCUCAUGUAGGAGAAUUAACAGUUCGUAUCCUUACCAGAUAGUGAACAUGUAGCUGUCAGUAUCAUGUAAUGCUCUGUGUGGUGAUGUAACUGGCAAACAGAGUCAUGUUCUGCAUUAAACGUGUAGUUGUGGAAAUACUCCUAUUUCAAUUAGAGGAAUGUGGAUAAGUGAACUUGAUUUUUAUUCUGAAAGUUCCUAAGCUAUCUUCUUUGUGCUUUGUCCUGUUGUAUGUUUGAAGUUAUUUUGGCCUUUUAUUUGUUAUUUUUUAAUAACGAUCAUCUUUCUAUUUACACAGAGUCAUGUUUACAUAAAACACCAAAGAGAUCAUUGAGUAGGAAAUCCCGAAUACCUACUUUCAGCUCUCCUGUUAAUGACACCGAUAUACAGCAAGAAAUAUUUUGGGAUCCUCAUUCACCAAUUGCACAAAGACUAGGCAAUGGAAAAACCAAACGGUCUACUGGUAGAUGCGCAGUAGAAAUUUCAGAAAUUGUUAAUCGUAUUGCACCUCAGGAUGAAAAAGCAGCGUGUAAUGAAGGCUCCCUUUUAGGGACGUGGAUUGGUGAGGAUGCUAUUCCCUGUACACCUGGAGCAGUAAAAGUGAGAGCUAGGACAAAGUUAAGUUGUGCAAGGGACCUUAAAAUAAAAAAUCCUGAAGAGGAACUCAUGAAAUUGGCUAAGGAAUUUGAUAAAAAUCUAGUAGAGCUAGAUGCUGUUCAGGAACAAGAGAAGCUUGGUCAUGACUUCAUUCAGACCACCUCAGAGUCUCUAAAUAAUUCUGAAGAUGAAGUAAAUACAAAGAACCUGAAAUCACUCCUUGGUCAAGUUUCUGAAACAGAUACUGCUCUGUCCCUGAAACCAGUUGGCCAGAGCACUGGCAUCCCUGCUGCAGAGCACUGUCAAUCUAGCAGUCAAAAGUCUAUAGACCUUGAGGCUGAAAUAGCCCUUCAUGCUCUUUUUGACUGCUCUACCCAGAAGUGUAGUGGACAGUUGAGCCAAGGACUAUCAUGUUUAAAUGACAGUUUCCAUGAAAGUAAAAGCACCUUGGAGGAGGAACACCUUCCUGAGCAAAUUAAAGACAUGCAACAAUGUAAUUCAGAGGCACUGGGAAAUGUGAACCAGACUUUUCUAAAACCUGAUACUCGCACAUUGACAAAAAAAAAUCCCUCUUCUUUGAAGACACAGUCGGUGGUCUCCAAUACUCAUGCUGGAGUAGUUAAUGAUGACUUUGAUGACUGGGAUACAGACUUUUUGGCAGAUGACUCUUUUGUGAUACAAAUAACCCAAAAUCCUGAAUUGAAAAGUACAGAAGAAGCACCAAUUCCUGCAAAUCCAUCUGUGCACUGUUUCAGUGAUGCUAGCAGAACAAAGGAAGGGAGUAGUUGCAAUUCAGUAACUUGUUUGGGGAGUGUACACAAAUCUAACAGUUUGCAGUUUUCACCUUUGAAACAUUCUAGUAAAAACACACGAAAUGUUGUAAAAUCUCUUUCUUUGCAAAAGCCAUAUAAUACACAGAAGUCAAAGACAGAGACCAUAGUCUUUCAUGGCAAAUGUGAUGUCAAGCCAGGUAAAAUAAAUUCUGUUUGGAAAAGUGCUCAGAACAGUGAUUUGAACUAUACUGCUGUUUCAACACAAUCUGAAGUGAAGAAUGGAAAUGAAGCUAUUCAGUGUAAAAGUUACCCUCUUCCUAUUUUUCCUUCAAGAUCUAAUCCUCAUAGACAAUGGACUGAAAAACCUGGGGAUAACACACACAGUAUUUUCUGUCAAUCAUCCAGUGUUUCUACCAAUAUGAAACCUAAUGAUCUAACUAAAGUGGUUAACCAGGCUAAUACAGGUCGCUCAAAUCAAGUUGAAAUACUAAAGAAACGUCCUCUGUCAUUUGAUGACUGUAAUGAACCAAAAUUCUCUGAUGAGAUAUUAGAUAUGUUUUGUGAAUCCGAUAGUCUUUGGGAUGCAAACUCUGAGGAUGAUGAAUUGUUGUAUCAGGUGUGUGAUGAUAUAGAAAAGCAGACGCAGAGCCAGGAUGUUAAACAAGGAUAUGAAAGAGCUAAAACUAUCCAAGGAGCCAGUAUUAAUUCCAGAUCAAAUGCUGAUAACAGCUUCCCAGCAUCUAAACAAGGACUACCUGAUCUCCUCUUGGCACAAAAACCAAGUGCAAAACAGGAUGCUUUCUCACUAAAUGAUUCUUGUAGGACUUCCUCAAAGAUUACACGUGGGCUGACCAUAACAGGUCACAUAGUGAACUGUAAAAAUGGUUCAAGUCCUCUUACUGUGAUCUCGAGUACUUCCAUGGACUGUAAAUACACACUGUCUAAAAACUGUCAUCAAGCUGCUUCUGAAGAUUCUACAAAGACUCUUUUGGGAAAAUGGUACAGGUCAAAUUCUGUGCCAGCAGGAGAGACUGGUUCUGAAGUAAGUCCUGUUAAUGCAUUAGAUGUUUUUAGUAGCAAAAUACCAGACAGCCCAGAUCUUUUGUAUAAUAUGGGAAAAAUGUCAAAUAACAAUUCUGGUAAGAAAACAUCACUUAUGCCUUCAAAGUUUAAGUUCAAAAAGACUAACAAUUCUCAGGGUGCUCUUCAUGUAGGGUCCGAAAAUGCAGAGAGUCAUUCUGGCAUUGGAAUUACUCUGCAGGGUUUGGAAGGAAGCAAGAAUCAUGUGAAUGUGACUUUGCACAGCAUGCUUGACAAUAAGAAACCACCUUUCAAGAGGCAUCUUUCAGAGUCUUUUGCACUGCCUACAUCAGUGUCUGUAGUGGAACAAAAAAAUAGAAAAUGCUCUCAAGAAGAGAUUGAAAGAAAAAAACAGGAAGCUCUUGCACGAAGAAAAUCCAGAAUGCAGGCGUUCUUUAAAGACACUUGAAUUUGGAGUUUAUUUUGUGUAUGGAGUAAGUUUUCGGGGUGGAAAUAUUGUAAUGCUGAAAGACACUUUUUUAACUGUGUUCAAAGCU